CAUGUGCUGUAAGAUGAGAACUUUCAGGAAACAAAAAAGUUAUAAAAGCAAGCAGAAGUCUUCUUGCCCGUGCAGAUCACCACUUGCUUUUCAUCAACCAGUAGUCACCAUAACAAGCUACGAUGAAGUUGACCGUGUGUGUAGUCCUGCUGGUCGUGUUGGUCCUGCUUCUGCCUGACGAGUCGGCCGGGUGGUGGAGGAGAAGGCGCCGUCGCCACUGUAGUCGGGUGAACUGUGCCUGGGGAAACUGGGGGAGUUGGGGGGCCUGCACCGCUCAGUGUGGGGCUACAGGGACCCGUACAAGAACCAGGAUUGUUGCGACACAUGCACAGUGCGGGGGCUCUGGGUGCAGUGGCAGCAGUAGUGAGACACAGCCCUGUAACAGGGGCUGUCCCAACGGAACUCCCUCCGGACCCCGCUGCAUCUGUACCGGGACGGGGUUCACGGGGACCUGCUGCAACACAGAUAUAGAUGAAUGCAGAGACGGGAGCCACACCUGUAACAGUGAGCAUGGCGUGUGCACCAACACAGAGGGAAGUUACACCUGCCGCUGUGAUACAGGAUACGCAGGGGACGGACGCACAUGCAUCAGUACAAAUGCAGGGACAGGGUGGCAGAGAGUAUCAGGGGGGCUAAAGUUCGUAUCGGUCGGUCGCUCCGGAGUUUGGGGAGUGAACCGUAACGACCAGAUCUACUACAGAACUGGGACCUACAGGGACGAGGCCUCAGCGGGCUCCGGCUGGGUGCGCAUCGACGGAGCCCUCAAACAGAUCUCAUCCGGGGACAACAUCGUGUGGGGAGUCAACAGCAACGAUGACAUCUACAUCCGCCAGGGGAUCUGCUGGUAUUCUCCUGGUGGAACGAGCUGGCGCAAUAUUCCAGGAAAGCUGAAACAGGUGCACGUCAGCCCGACCAGCAACCAGGUGUGGGGAGUCAACUCCGGGAACAACAUCUAUCGACGGACUGGAAUCACCGCAAGCAACCCUGUGGGAACAGGGUGGCAGAAUAUCGGCGGGCAGCUGAAGUUCGUGUCGGUUGGACGGGCCGGAGUUUGGGGCGUCAACAGUAACGACCAGAUCUACUACCGCACCGGAACGUCUGGGAACGAGAACGUCCCGGGCACGGGCUGGGAACGAGUCAGCGGGUCCCUGAAACUCAUCUCGUCAGGAAACGGUGUCGUCUGGGGGGUGAACAGCAACAAUCAGAUCUACGUGCGAGCCGCCGCCUGCCCGCCAACGUACGAGCUCGUCGCGGUCAACGGGAACAACAAGUGCCUGCGAUUCUCUGCCAGAGGUGACCGCAAAAACUACCAGGCGGCCAGCCUCACCUGCCGGGGUCAAGGCGCCCGUUUGGUGGUCAUCAAAUCAGCUGCACUGGAUACCUUCAUCGACAACCGCAUCCGAACCACCUACGCCGCCGAGACUUGGAUUGGACUGGAUGAUUUGACCGCUCCUUCUUCGCAGUACCGUUGGAGUGACGGCAGCGUGCUGGGUGCUCGUGACUUCAACGACUGGUCCCGCGGACAGCCGGAUACAAUUUACCGGGAGAAAUGUGUGGAGAUCCGCCCGCAGUUUAGCUACCAUUGGAACAACCAUCACUGCAAUCUACUCAAGAACUACAUAUGCGAGAUAGGUGCGCGUCCUGGAACAUCCCAGGGCAGCAGCUGGUACCGGAUCGGAGGAAGUCUGACGGGAGUUCACAUCAGCUCCAGCAGUAACCAGGUCUGGGGAGUGAACUCAGCCAACAACAUCUACCGGCGGCAGGGAAUCACCCCGGUCAGCCCGAAGUGCGAGGGCUGAUGCGAUUCCUUCUGGUUCUUGUCGUUCUUCGUUUGCAGAGUGUGCUGAUUCAAAACUACUAACGGUGUGUAAAGAAACAAGAAUCUGAAGUUAAGUGAUGUUCUGUGACUAUGAAGUAAUUUAGAAUCAUCAAACCUCGCUGAUAUUAUAUUUACCCAGUUUUAAAGCUGGAAUAUAUAUGUGUGAAGAAGAACGAUGUGAAGUAUAGAUGUGAAGAAGAACUCUACUUUUGGAUGAAAAUAGCGUUUAAGCAAAUAGUAAGAUUUUAGGAGACCUUGUCACUUUUAUUACAGUUGUGACUUGUCAACACAAUUACUAAACAAUAUGAAUUUUGAUAAUCAAGAAAGAAAGAACUCCUUAUCCAUAUGCAUGAUAUGUAUAUACUCGCUUUUUUCAAGAUAUAGUUAUUGUAAUCCUUAUGUCAAUCGAUAUUUCAUUUCGAACUAUACUUUCAGCGAGCCAUUGAAGAAUAUGUUGGUUGUUGUGUAGAUUAUGACGAAUUUAGUGGCACUACUUCAUUACAGCAAGAUCUGAAUGAAGGGAAGAUUUUUGUAACAGAAUGUGAGAUCAAGGUUCCUGGGCAGAUUGCAUAAACAAUUGACUGUGUAUAAUUACUGCUUGUGCUCAUAAUAAAAAUUAAUAGAUGCA